AGUGUAUUAUACACUGUAACCACAUUCAAAACAAACGAAACAUUUCGUCUCUCUCACACACAUACACACAGUAGAAGGAGAAAAUAUGCAGAGACAAUCUCUAGGCUCCCCAGUGAAAGACGACGAGCUUCUUCAAUUCCAUGGCGGAGAAGAGGAUCAUAAGAAGAAGGAGAAGGCGAUUACAGCGCCUCAAACCGCUGUUUACCUUCACAUUAUACCUUUCCUCACUCUCUUCUGCUUCCUCAUCCUCUACCUCUCUUCGCACCAUCCCUCGCAAUACGAUAUGGCGCAAUUCAGCGGAUUCAGGACGACGAUUUCCGGUUCUACAGAUUCAGAGCACAGUAGUGCUUUGAACAAUGUGAAAAUUGGAGAUAUUUUGGCUGUGAGGAGCUUGAAGCACUCCGCGGCGGCGAAACUGCGGCGGCGCCACCGGAAAAUGAUACAGUAAUAUAGCUCUUGAACACAUUGUUGGCAAUCAUUUAUCAAAAAUCCGUCCGCGAAAGUGCAAGUUUACGGAUACUACUUAUAUUGAAACUUUAAGCUAUGCUUGUAUUUCUUACUUGAUACCGUGCGUGCAAAGGAACUUCGAGAUUAAGUCCCAAUUGGGAUUCUUUAGAGGCAAUGUUCAUGUGUAUUUCCACAACAGAUUGAUUUGACCGGAAAGAGGGUAGCUCUAAAUUUGUGUCGCCAAAGACAGCUGCAUCGGCAAACACUGCAAGAAAAAGACCACAAGCUAAUAAACCUUGUCUUACAAGAAUCAAGGGAAAAAGUAAGUUAAGAUUGCAAUAACUAUAUACCGCCACGCUGGAUAAGAUGCUGAAGCUCGAACGGAUCUGCAAACACACCAGAGGGUAGUCUUUCAAUGACAAUAAGUUUACAAGAUUGACCAGUCAGAUCAGGCUCGACCUUGGGCUGAAACUUAAAGGUGAUCGAAGAUGAUAAUCGUCGAUGAGAACCUUCACCGAUGACAUCUCGAUGUAGAGUAGACAAUGUAGGUGUAAUGCAGUUUCCAUCUCUGCGCACAAUGCACAGGCCAAGUGGGAUUUCCUCUGCUAUAAACUGACUGAAUUUUGAAUCUAUCAAACUAUCAUAUUUCUCAAAAUAACUCUGCGAAAUGUAUUUCUCCACAAAACCUGCUCGGCCCUG